AUGAAACGAGCUUCUUUGCGAUGUCACCGAUGUUAUUCUGGGUUCUUAUACCGUCAAAAUGAUAGACUCGUGUCAAGAGAACGAAGAAGCAGUAUCCGAGCCAUUGGUCGACUGGCACAUCCACCUCGACAAUUUGCAUUUCCUUCUCGAUAUCCUGAAGAAUCCAAGAUUGUUGAGACUUCUAGCGCUCGUAGGUUCCUUACUUCGGUGGUGAACGAAGAAGAUGUCUCAGACGAUGUCAUGUCUCGAGUUCAAGUACUCUUGGAUGCAAAACAUUUUCACAUUAACGAACCAGCCAUAUGGGAGGAGGUGGAAGAAAUUUUGCAGUUACUAACCCUAAAGGCGACGGCGAAGAAGAAUGCAAAGUCCAUGGAAGAAGUGGAAUAUGCGAUACGGCUGCUGGACAAACUGGCCAACAGCUUACCACAAGAUCAAGUUGUCUUUGCAUCCAUUUUGGAGACGGAUGUAUUGAAUCGGAUACUUGCCAUUUGGAACCGUCGAAUGAAGGCAUUGGGUGGAAAGCAGCCACUGAAGACAAAGAAGAAUCCAAGACGCCCAAAUAGGGUGGCCAAGAAUCGGGAUCGCAUGCUGUCUCCUGAUGUCAUGGCCGAACGGAUUGAUCGAUAUCGUUGGUGUUCUCUUGUGCAACCCGAUCACAAAACCUUUUCCUUUGUACUCGACUCGGCUUCGUCAUUGGAGACCACUCCCGUUUUUGCUGAUGAGCUGCUUGAAAAAUUAUUGCAAGUGUCCGAGGCAACACCUUCCCAAGUACUGAUUGAUACGGCGUCCAUUUGCAUUGUCAUGAAGGCUUGGAGUCAGAGCGGCCGCCCGGACAAGGCUGCCGAUUGGUUUCGACGGAUGCAAAAGUUGUACCAACGACAAGGAUGGGAAGAAGUCCGCCCAAAUAAAAUUGCCUAUACGACUGUAAUCCAUGGAUGGUCUCAGAAAGAAGACAAGGCAGACGAAGCAGAAGCUCUUUUGAAGGAGCAGUUGGAAGACUUUCAAGCAGGAAACGAAGAUUGCCAGCCGGAUACCAGAACGUUCAAUGCCGUCUUGAAUGCUAUUUCCAAGUCCAAUAGAGGUAGUGGUGACAAAUCGUUGGAUCGGUGCAAGGCCAUUCUUCAUCAGAUGCAAGAUUUGUCGAGCAAUGCAGGAUGGAAGUGUGCUCCCGAUCAGUACAGCUUGACCAGCAUGAUACUUUGCUGCACCACUACCGUGGGGCCAGACGAAGCGGAGAAGCUUCUAGCGGAACUUUUGGAAACAAUGUCAAUUGCUCCUUCCGUUGUACCGUACAAUGUGAUUCUACGAGGGUACGCCAAGAGGGGCAAUGGCGUAGAUGCGGAAGCGCUAUUGGCACGGCUCAAGGAAAUGGAUGGGGUUAUUCCAGAUGAAACGAGCUACAAUACUGUACUUCACGCUUGGUCUCAAUCCAAAGACCCGAAAGCGCCACAGAAAGCAGAGACGUUGCUCUGGGAGAUGCAAGAUGAUACCACGAACAUUUCGCCUUCAGUCGUAUCGUUCGGAUCGGUGUUGCAGUGUUGGACCCAACAUGCCCAGACAUCCAAAGAGGCUGCCAUCCAAGGGGAAGAGUUGCUGCGACAAAUGCAACAAGAAUUCAAGAUUGCGCCCAAUAUAAUUUGCUACAAUACCGUCUUGAAUGCUUGGGUUACGGUUGCCCGCAAAUUUGGCGCACCCGAAGCCUUGGAAAGGGCCUCCAUUCUGCUGCAAGAACUGUUGGCGUUGCACGAAAAGAAGAAUAGUAGUAGUACUAGUAGUAGUCUGAGGCCUACAAUGGUAACCUUUCGUACCAUGUUGUACUUGAUUGCUGAAAGCAAACAGGUCUCCAACAAGGCCGAUCGGGCACGAGCAGUCGUCCGGUUGAUGGAACAGUACAAGGUCAAGGGAAACAAAUCGGACGAAAAGAUCAUCCAACGACUACUCAAGUCAGGCAACGAAACUACCACUAGAGCAAUAGUAUAA